GUGUACUGGUGCUGUGGUGACCCAUCUGGGCGAAUUGGUCCAUAUCGCUUCCUGCAGUGGCAGGACCUUUCCACUUGCGGGAAGCGGAAGACGCUCUCAGCCUAUCGGUGUAUGAUGAUGGAGAUACAAGCCAAAGUUCCGCGAGGCUGCUGGAUAUCAACCCCAACGGUGCAGCAGGCUCGCGAAAUGCUUCAAGGCGCUAUUCCGAAGCUUCGUAUCAGCGAUGUAACACCAAAAAAUCGUCAAAGGCGCAAAGAUCAGCUCAAAUGGUCUACUGCAUUGAACGAGAUUCGAGAAAAUCGCAGUAGAUCGAGCCAAGACGCGUAG